UUUUUAACCUUGCCCACUCCCUGCCGCAACCACCGGUCUCCUCCCCUUCUCUCCCACAACAUAAACCACCACCAUCACAAACCUUGCAAAACUUCCAAACCCCCUCCUUUUCGAGCAGAGAUUUCUUCCAGCUCGAUAGUCGCCCUUCAUUCACAAGAACCAACACCUUUACGUCUCCGCAUCACCAACCAACAUCAAUCGCAAUGGACUUCCAGGGAUCCGCCGGCGCUCCUCCCCAGGCUCGCACUUGCUUCACCUGCGGUACUGCUGGUCACCAGGCUCGCGAGUGCCCUAACCGUGGCGCCGCCAAGUGCUACAACUGUGGCAACGAGGGUCACAUGAGCCGUGACUGCCCCGAGGGCCCCAAGGACACCAAGUCCUGCUACCGCUGCGGCCAGGCUGGCCACAUCAGCCGUGACUGCCCCCAGGGAGGCAACGUCGGUGGUGGUGCCGGCCCCUCCAGCUCCGAGUGCUACAAGUGCGGUGAGGUCGGUCACAUUGCCCGCAACUGCCCCAAGUCUGGCGGCGGCUACGGCGGCGGCUUCGGCGGCGGUGCUGGUGGCUACGGCGGCGGUGCCGGUGGCUACGGCGGUGCCAGCCAGAAGACCUGCUACUCUUGCGGUGGCUACGGCCACAUGUCUCGCGACUGCACCAACGGCUCCAAGUGCUACAACUGCGGCGAGAACGGCCACUUCUCCCGCGAUUGCCCUAAGGAGUCUUCCGGUGGCGAGAAGAUCUGCUACAAGUGCCAGCAGCCCGGCCACGUUCAGUCCCAGUGCCCCAACAACUAAAGUCUCUACAAUGGCUUAUCGGUGAUGAGUGUUCUGCCAGGUAAUGGCAGUUUCGGUUUCGAGACAGUUUGACGGCUUCGAGGCCACCAUGGCUAUGGCUCACUUAUGCGAUCGACUUGGCAUUGCGGAUGAUUUGUACAUUUCCUUUUUCUUUUUUUUCUUCUCCUUUUUUCCCAGUCUUUCUUCCUUGCGCUCAUGUUCUUACGGCAAACAACUCUGGGACUCGGCCCGCGGAAAAGUUUUACACGGACAACGGCAUAUGAAUCACGGCUUUUUCUUAACGCACCAAAGAUACACCUUUCGCAUUUGGUCGUCAACCUCGGCAAAAUGCGGGGUUGGUCGGAUCGUUUGGAUGACGAUGGCAGCAAAGCAAUUGGGGGAAACAAGCUUGCGCUGACCUUCUCUCCGGUUUAUGAAUGAGAGAGAGAAGAGCAGAGUGGGAGGGGCCUCCUCGGGCCGGAUAGCUUUCGACUCUGAUAGAUAUACUGGUCGCUCCGGUUGAGCAGCUGGGAAAAGGGCUCUCAACACGACCUGGACAGUGUGGGCCGUUCGAGGCGGUCAUAGCUGUCGUUCAGGGCAGGGAAUGGAACGUUUGCGUCUCACUUGGUUGCCUUCAUUUGUGUGUGCUGUGACGGCGUUUGUCCGUAGCGACGGACUCUACUAA